AGGUCGCAGUGCAGGGGCAGGAGGGGCUCUGACGGGUUGGCUGGCUGUUCGGCUGAAACACGGUCCAAGAGACGACCCCUGCUGCGAGUGAAUGGGAAAUGCCGAACCUGCCUCUGUUUCCUGCAGAGGGGAGGGGCUCAGAGGCUGAGGAGACAGAGCAUCAGGUCCCCGCUGGAUCGACGUCCCUCUGCGCCAAUCAGAGGUGCCUGGCCUCGGCCCCGCCUCCCGGCGAGACGCCCGCGCACGCGCCGUAGGCCGGAGUGGGCGGGGCGGCCGAGGAGCGCGCGCCAUGCAGGCCAGCGGGUACCCGGCUGCCGCCGCCCUCGGCCAGACCCGCACCCCUGUCCAAGUGUCUGUUAUCCUCCCGGUCCAUGACGCUGAACCAUGGCUGGACGAGUGCUUGGGGUCUGUUUUGCAGCAGGACUUCGAAGGCUCCAUGGAGCUUUCCAUUUUUAAUGAUGCCAGUAAGGACAAGUCCAUGACUAUCAUUGAAAAAUGGAAAGAGAAGCUGGAAGGUUCCGGCAUCCUCGUGGUCAUUGGAGGGCACGAUUCUCCUUCUCCCCGAGGAGUCGGAUAUUCUAAAAAUCAAGCAAUAGCACAGAGCUCAGGGUCUUACCUUUGCUUUUUGGAUUCGGACGACGUGAUGAUGCCUCAGAGGGUGAGGCUGCAACACGCAGCUGCUGUGCGACACCCAACAAGUAUUAUCGGUUGCCAAGUGAGGAGGGAGCCCCCCAACUCCACCGAGCGAUACACACGGUGGAUCAACCAGCUGGCGCCCGACCAGCUGCUCACCCAGGUGUUUACCUCCAAUGGCCCCACCGUGAUCAUGCCCACCUGGUUCUGCUCCCGAGCCUGGUUCUCCCACGUGGGCCCAUUUGACGAGGGCGGGCGGGGUGUCCCCGAGGACUUGCUGUUCUUCCACCAACACCUGAGGAAGGGCGGCGGGCUCAUCCGCGUGGACCAGAGCCUCCUCCUCUACCGCUACCACCCCGGCGCGGCCACACACUCCGUCCUCGAGACCACCAUCUGGACCCACCGCGUCCGCUUCCUGGAAGAGUGGGCCCUGCCCCACUGGGCAACCUUCACCAUCUGGAACGCGGGCCGGCAGGGCCGCCGGCUCUACCGCAGCCUGACGGCAGGGUCACGGUGCAAGGUGGUCGCCUUCUGCGACGUGGACGAGAACAAGAUCAAGAAGGGCUUCUACUGCUACGAGGACUCUCAGGAAAGGCCCAAGCCCCGGGUCCCGGUCCUGCACUUCCGAGCCGCACAGCCACCCUUUGUCAUCUGCGUGAAGCUGGACCUCACAGGGGGUGCAUUUGAAGACAAUCUGAGGUCGCUGCACCUGCAGGAGGGCCGGGAUUUCCUUCACUUCAGCUGACAGACCCAUGGCAGCUGCUCCCAGGAGGACAAUGGCUUUUCCCUAAAGGUGACGCACGGCUGCUACGCCCGGGGGCCUGUCUCCUUGAUCCAAGAACAAAUCAUCGAUGUGUUCAAUCAGUGCCAUCAGUGCUGGAGUUGAGUGAUGAUUCCCAGUGAUGGGAGCCCUGCCCUAACAGUUCACGUGAACAAGGCGGUAACUCCUGGGUCCGAGGAGGGUCGCGGGGUUGAACAAUCAGGAGCGGCCUCGUUGUGGAGUCACGUCUGAGUCAGAAUCCCCGCCUUGGUGGUUUAAAAGCAUCGGGGUCUCGGCAUGCAGAGUCUUGGAGGACCCUUCCCAGAGCACACGAGGUGUUGGUCAGAGGCCAGAGGAUCAGUGUUCUGGCAACCGGACUCCAGAACCACCUAAAAACGCAUGUUUAU